AUGACUCAAUUAUUCAGUCGUACAAAGCCGAAUAAGGCUGAUGAGACUAUUCAAAGAACAAAAGAAAAAAUUAUCGAUUUAACGAAAAGUCUCUCUGAUCGACAACGUUAUCUAAAGCAACUAUCUGAACAAUUGUCUAUUGAUGAUUUACAAGCAUUUUUCAAAACUUCAUAUCAACAUAUUUUUUAUCUUUUCUUUGAAAACUUCAGUCAAAUCGAAACGAAUAUUCCACGAGCACCUUCAAAACAGAACCAAUCAGAUUUCGAAUACGUAACCAAUUUACUAGAGCGUAUUCUUACACUACUACCAACACUUGUGCAUCAAAGAUGGCAAGCUCAUUGUAUAUGCAAUGUAAUCAAAAGAUAUUUUGUCGCUUCCAGCAGUCCACAAGGUGUUGCACGUGGUAUGCGACUUUUUCUUCUCUGGUACCAAAUUUUGGGUAGCAAUGCGGUUGAAGAAGAACAUGCGAUUUUCAAAGGAUUGAUACGAAAUUGGAAUCAACCAUUAGUUGGUACGCGUGUGGCGGGUGAAAAUGUCAACACUGAUGAACAGCCGUCAACAGCAUUAAACGAACUAUUUCGCACGCCACCUGAUACAUUUCGGUGGGCGGAUAGUUUUCCGAUUUGGCCGAAAACGGCGUCUGACUAUGAUCCAACAGUUGAUCGAUGGCUUUUCUUCAUGUUACACACGAUCUCGGACACAUGCAAACGUGUUCUGUGGGAUUCCAAUCGUGAACUGCGAAUACAAAAGCAAGAGGAAUGUUUUCGCUUUCUGUUCGAAAUGUUCAAACGCUAUUACAUGCCAACGUUAUUUCCGACAUUCAUUGAACAAAACAUUUACGACUUUUCCGCACCGAUGACGAUUCCAGAAACAGUACGAAUUGAAAGCGAUGGAUUGAGAAGGCGACAAGCAUGUUUAUGUCGAACGGCAUUUGUUAUGUGGUUAUUGCCAUUUCUUAAUGAAGAACAAAAUCGAGAUAGAACCUUAACUCGCGUGCCAAAUGCAACGUUAACGACGCAAGGUGUUUUAACUCAAUCGACUGCAUCGGCGAGUACAGUUACUGGUCCGUCUGAUUAUUCAUCCUACUCGAAUGAACUAUAUCAUAUUAUAACGGGAGCAUCAUCAAAAACCCAGCCGACAUCGUUUCAGCAAAUAGUAAAUAUGAUUGGUCCAAUAGAUAGUAAUACAUUAGAAAUUGGUCAACACGUUCUUCUAUCUACACAAGAGAAUAUUAAUUUUAUUCAUGAAAUUUUUCGACAGAGUUAUCUUAUGUCCGGUGAACACGGUUUAGCUGCUUCGCAUAUUCUUCGUACGGUGAAUGAUUGGAUAAAAGAGAAACAUUUACGACCAGUUUUCAUGCUCGAACCUGAACAACGCUCAUCAUCGAAUGACAUACCUGAUGAUAAUCAUCUUCGUUUAGGUUUAAAUCGUUGGUUGCAAAUCUUUAUCACUCAAUCAUUUUAUUUGUUUCUUGUUCGACCAAUAUCAACACAUGAUGAACAACAACAGAGUCAGCAAGGAACGAACGCAAUACAAUCCGAACCUGUCCUACGUGAGAGAUCACUCGCUGGCCUUGUCACGUUCUACAAAAAACUUCCACAAAGACAUACACCUGAUCGAACAACAUGGGACUUAAUCUUGAGAGUUAUGUUAAGAAUCGUUCGAUUGUCAUUACAAGAUCGUUCACCAUCGAGUUCCAACCAUUUGUAUAUUGAAAAUACGAUAAAAACUCUUCUCUUUCUAUUUCAAUCCGCCUCAUUAUAUGUAAAUGUCGAAUUAUGGAAUAAUUUAAGUGAUACCUUAUCAUCAAAAGCAAUGUGGCCUGAAGUUAUUGAUCAGUGGGAUUUAUCAAUGCGAGCGUUAACAAAAGAUCUCGGUCGCCUGGUUUAUAAGGUUGAAACUGAACCAUUGAUAGCUACAAGUAUUCGUCGAGGUGGAGCGACAGGUGGUGUUCGGCGAACAGCCCAAUCUGUUCCACCAAAUUCUCUCGAUUUAAAUUCAACAAGUAAUCGUCGAGGACGAACGAUCAGUUCAGACGAAGAUAUUGAUGCACCGGAUCAAUCAACACCACAGCAGCAGCCAACGAGAGCGUUGAUUACCGAACAAAACCGUUCAGUGCGACGACGAACAAGUAGCGAUGAUAGCUUACCACAUUCGACAACGACGACAUCGUCAUCGAUGAGCAGCCGACCACAUUUAUUAGCAAGCAUUCCAAGUAAUCAAAUGGGUGAACAACAAGCAAUAAUGGAGGGACCAUCGAUCGAACAAAAUUCACUCCUAUUCAGUCCUAGUGAAUCAUUAUUAUCAGCUCAACAGCAACAACAUCAGCAUCCUUUGACUAUACACAUAGCUCAACAGACACCGAAUUCUCAUAUGAGUGAUAUGUGUUCGCCAAACCAUGCACUCGAUUCACCGAUGAGUGAUGACUACAGCACGGCAUCGACUGGCGUACUCGAUACAAAUAGUUUGAGCGGCAUUGGUAGUGCAGACAUGUUAACUGCAAAUUACAAAGGUAAUAACACCCACACAGCAGAAUCCCGUUCGACAACUGUAUCCGAAUCCACAUCGGCAUCAGAUCACCAUCAGCAUGUAUCGCCACCAUCCUCACGUGAUCAUCAUCCUCUCAGUCAAUCAACUGUUGAUAGUCUUCAUUCAUUCCCUCAAGAUACGGCUACCAUUGAUAGUAUUGAUACAGCAGUGUAUUCGAACGAGCAGAAUUAUGAAUCAUCCCGUUUGGCACCUGAAACUGCGUACACAGCUUGGUUUCGUAUGCUCGGUUCACUUGGAAAUAUCAACCAGAUUCGUUCACCUGAACAACACAAUCGAAUAAUGAAGACAAUUUUCGAUAUAUGGAAAAUGCUCUGUCGUAUUCAUGUGCAAUCAAAGGAUACCCAACACGGAGAUUUAUAUUUCGAUGGGCCACCCCUGUUAAUAUUUGCUCCAUGGCUUUUCGAAGCGAUUCAAACACUACCAACCACGCAUCGUGAAGGAAAACUAUCUGCAUAUAGGUUACUAUGUUCAAUGGGUGUUUUCAAUCAUGAUACUCCACCACCAGCAGAUUUUCUUGAUAUGUUUUUAUUGACUAUUUAUGAAGGCUUAUCAUCAGGAGAUGAAGAUAUUAUUCAUGUGAUCAUUAGUUCGUGUAAAGUCGACUUUUUUCAUCGAUGUUGGCCAUCAUCAACGUUAUUAUUACCAUUAUUCACUUCGGCUUGUUGUGAAAUUGGUCAAAAACCGUGUCUUGUUGAAGGAAAAACCAUUCCAAAAGUUGAAGCAUUGACUAUUUUAAGUAGUCUUGUUUGUUUUCCAAAUCAUUUCGAACAACUGGAUGUUUUAUCGAAUAAAGAGAAAGAGAAAGAAUAUGUUCCUGUAACAAUGGAUCGCACACUUUUAAAACGUAUGAUCAUGCGUGAUUUAAUUAAAGCGUCCCAACUCGAUCCAAUGCUCGAAUCACGAGAAAUUGCCUUGUGUGGCUUAGCGAUAUUCCUUUGUGAAGAACUAAAACAUCAAAGAAUGGAGUCACCAAUCAAACCAUUCAUUCUGUUCACAGUUGAAUGUUUACAGCCCGCUGAUUCCACAAUGUUCGCAGCUGAUAUUCUUCGUUUUCUUGCAUCCUAUGCUCCAUUGUUUAUUUCACAUCGUGAUAAUCAACUGGGUGGUCUGUACACAACUAUCAUCGAUGGUCUCAUAGCAUCCUUACGAGCAGUUAUUCCACGUGAUGUCGGUGCACUAAUGCGCAAUAAUGUUCGAAUCAUCAAGUCAUUAGUAUUUGCAUUACUCGAUUGGAUCCUUCAUGUUCCGACAAGUUAUCUUCAACAACAACAAACCACACGUGACGAGAAUAAUCAUGAAAUUUCAACGACUGUUAUCCAACGAACCUUUGCAAUAUUAGUCGAUGUUUAUCGUUCGACAAAUUCAUUAAUCGACGAACAAACUGUUCAAGACAAUGAACUCACAUUAAGUCAAUCGAUAAAAUUAUGUUGUAAAUUCGCUAUUCUGUUCCUACUUAAUGAACAUUCGCAUUUUCCUUUAACGGAGAACGAAGCAUCAUUGGCCACAACAAACGUUCAUGAAGGACACGAUUGGUCUAAUUCAGCCAAACAGCUCAGUGUUUGCAACGAAGAAAACUCGAAUGUCAAUCAAUCCGAUGAAUUAAUUAUUCACUCAUCAAAUAUUCAAUUGUUUGUCAUUCAUGAUGACUUUCUCAUCUCAUUCAUAGAAAUUCCAAAUGAAAAAGCUAAUGAAUUAACAACUGACAAUCAACAAUUUGUUUCUCGAACAACUCUAUGUCGAACCAUAGUUAGAGAUCUUUGUGGAAGGUAUUGCUGGGAUAACUAUGCAUUCAAUAUCAGCUCAAAUUCCAAAGCGAUCACACGUCCAUUCAAUAAUCCGAUUGAAUUAAUACUGCCAGCGAAAUCUACACAUAAAAUUGAAGAAACAAAACGAGGAAUAACAGUAUUGGAAAAGUUUGAUCCUGAACAACCACCGACAUAUCGAAAUCAACCACCCAACGCUGAUAUUCUGGAUAAACUUCUGCAAUUUAUAACAACACACAGUCCCGAACUAGCGUUUUACAGUGAUCGAGCGUUAACAGAUGUUGCUCCAACACCAGCAUUGAUUUCCUCUCAUGAUGAAAAAGCAGUUAUGAGAAUGAUCACUGAACAAGAAACAGCUGAAGAGAAUUACGAUUCAUCAUCAUUUGGAAAAAUAGAACGACGCAUUGAACAACCUUCGCCAUCUUCUCGAAACGAUCGAUUUGCAUUAUGUCGAUCACAUAUGACUCAACUUGGUUUAAUGAUGUUUGAAAAUCGUCAAAAUAUCGAUUUGUUAAAUACAUCAAAAGCAAAUCGUGAUCAACUAUUACGUGAAUUAAAAAAUCUAGAUACACUAAAUUGUCGUGAAACACAUAAAAUCGCGGUUAUCUACAUUGGUUAUGGUCAAGAAGACAAAACGAGUAUAUUUAACAACACUCACGGCAGUUCAAACUACGAAGAAUUUCUUACACAUCUCGGUUGGCAAGUUGAACUAUCAAAGCAUACUGGCUUUCGAGGUGGAUUACAUCCUCUGCCGAAUACAUAUUCAAUUUAUUAUGCUAAUGCACUUGUGGAAAUUAUGUAUCAUGUCGCGACUAUGAUUGAUGGAUCCACCGAUGAAGAUCGAUCACGAAAGAAAACACGACAUAUUGGAAAUGAUGAAGUUCAAAUUAUUUGGACAGAACAUUAUCAUGAAUACGAUCGAUCAAUUAUAGCCAGCGCUUUUGGUGAUGUUUUGAUUGUGAUACAUCCGUUACCGAAUGGUUUAUAUCGAAUCAGAAUUGACAAAACCAGUCAAACAACAAAUUUCGGCCCAUUGUUUGAUGGUGCAAUUGUAGAUAAACUCAUUCUUCCUGAAUUAGUGCGAGCCACAGCCAUCAAUGCUAGUCGUGCACGUCGUACAACACUAAAUAAUCAUUGUGAAUUUUACGAAGAACGUUAUCGUAUAAUCAAUUCAAUCAUUCGCACACAUAAAAAAGAGACAACAUACGAGGAAUUUCUUGCCAAGUCCUUUACACCAUUAGCUACCAAAACGUUGGCACACCAAACAGAUGAGAAUACAAAACCCGCGAACCCGCAAAAUGAGCGCAGGGAUGGUCCUUCCAACAACGUAAUGCAUCCGUCAGCAAACAUGUCGACGAGUAGUCAGAGAAUACGUCCAACAACUCGAAAUUUUCCUUUUUUGACACAGAACGCUAAUACUGUCCCAACACCAAUAACACGUCGCUGA